AGCAUAAUGUCUCUGUCACAUGCUACCACUAACCAGUUGUUUAGGCAAUUCCAAUGUAGUUGUAGUCUACUAGUCUCUACAAAUUACAAGAACUUUGUUUCUGAGGAUGCAUUAGUUGGGUAGAACCAGAGGUUUUUGUUGUCAUGGCUGAUUCCAUGGAUGAAGAUUGUGAUUAUUUGUUUAAAGCUGUGCUGAUAGGUGAUUCCGCGGUAGGGAAAUCAAAUAUCUUGUCAAGAAUUUCGCGCAAUGAAUUUCAGUUGGAUUCGAAGCCGACUAUCGGAGUUGAGUUCGCGUAUCGGAAUGUGAAGGUCGGUGAUAAACUCAUCAAAGCCCAGAUUUGGGAUACUGCUGGACAAGAAAGAUUUAGAGCCAUAACAAGUUCAUAUUAUCGCGGAGCACUUGGAGCACUGCUAGUCUAUGACAUAACGCGAAAGAACACAUUUGAAAGCUUGAAAAAAUGGCUACAUGAGCUGAGGGAGUUCGGCAAUCCUGACAUGGUAAUAGUUCUCGUCGGCAACAAAUCCGAUCUUAGCGACUCUAGACAAGUGGUUGUGGAGGACGGCCAAACACUGGCUCAACUUGAAGGUUUAUGCUUUAUGGAAACAUCUGCCAAGGAAAAUAUACAUGUAGAAGAGGCUUUUCUCAAUAUGAUCAACAAAAUUCAUGAAAUUACAAGCCAAAAGAGCCUCGACGGCAAACUGAUUAGUCCCGGGACAAGAACUAAUGUAUCACUUCAAGGGGCUAAAGAGAUUAUUAUAGUUGAUGAUCAGGAAGUGUCUGCAACUAAACACAGUGCUGGUUAUUGUUGUACAUGAUUAGUUGGUGAGUCUGUUUUUGAGAGAUUACCAACAUUGGGGUAUUCCAUUCUCAUCAUUUCAAGUUUGUCUCGGAUAUCAUAUAAUUUCUGGUUUUACGAGAACAUAUAUAUUUUUAAAAA